AUGGCCACACUCUCCCCGCCUCAGCCGAACCGUGCUCGGUCAAGCUCUAUUGUGCAGCCACUGACGAUCGACUCGCUGCGCCGUACUCCGGGCACAGUCCAAUGCUCAUUGCCCCUCGAUGCCCCGCCCACGCCUAUCACUCCUAGCAAUCAGGCUGACCUGCCCUGGGCCAACUCGUCACCAUGUCUCUCAACAGCAUGCUCCCGUCCCCCAGGCCCUCGCCCAAGCGCCAACACCCACCCAAUGUCUGCCCACUCCAGCACUCUCCCCCAAGUCCCUCAGCUAUCCCCGCAUCUCGUGCCCAAGAGGACGUAUAUCGCACCACUGGUUCUCUUGACCAGCUGCUUUGUUAUCUCGCUUAUUCCUAUCGUCUUUGCGCUACGGAGUCUGCCCAUCACUUCCCUCAAAUCGUUCCCCCGCACCCUCAACGACAUCCAGGCCCUUGGCAAGGAGCUACAAGCAUACUCGUCUGGGAGCUCGGCAGGCAUGGCCCACGUUAUGGGCGUCAUGUGCUGCCUCGCCGUUUGGAAACAUGCUUGGAGCAUCCCCGGCAGCGUUGUUCUCAAUGUCCUGACUGGAGCGCUCAUUUCUCCCCUAUGGGCCACUCUGCUCAUGACUGCCCUUACUUCCACCGGUUCUCUCAUUGCCACUCUCCUCGCCGCCCCCCUAUCACCCCUCGUCCAGCGAUUCGUCCCAAAAGCAUUGAAUGUGGUCAGCAUCGCCUUGCAAGGCUCUGGAAACGAAAAGUCGGCCAAGCGCACCCCUACAUGGGUCCGCCUCGUGGUCAUGCGACUUAUCGGAGUCGUCCCUUGGUCAGGAAUCAAUAUCGCAUGUGGCGUGUGCCGCGUUUCGUUUGUUGACUGUGCCAUCGGAGCCUUUAUUGGUACCCUUCCUUGGACUGCUGUCACUUGCCAGAUUGGCGAUAUCCUCCAAACCUUGGCUGUCGGCUCUACAUCCACAAACCCCCAGACGCUGUCCUCCCUCCUCGGCUCUCCCUCCAUCGUAUUCAAACUCGUCCUUCUGGGCGGAUCAACUUCCUCUGCUGAAAAGAUCACCCUGAGCGAGAAGGAGCCCAUUCCCGUUUCGCCCAAAUGGAAGGUCUGGCGAUGGAGGCGUGACUCGGUCGACAGCAGGAGCACCAGCCCAGAGCGCAGGCUCGAGGAAGAUCUCGACGAAAAGGCCUUGCUCGGUGGCCAAUAA